UUGAUUUUUGUCCAUUACAUUGGAUCUCAGCAACCCGACCCAUUUAACAAUUGCUCCGAAACUGAUCAUCUCCUCCUUCCAAAUCCCGUCAACAUUUGCUCCGGUCAUAGUACUAUCUCUCUCCGAUCUCUGCAAUUGAGAGGAGCUCAGCCAAAAUUCUCUGCACAGUUCUCAAGUAAGUAAUCUCUCUUCCAAUCUUCUCGUAUAAGCAUGAUCUAGUUUGAAUCCACGCUUCAGAUACAGAAAUUGUUAGCUUUAAGCAAGACUUUGUGUGCAAAAUUUAGCAAAGAUCUGGUGAAGAUCUACCCGAAAAAUGUCUUGUUUGGCACUUUCUCUGCAACCCACUAAUGGACCUGAUAUCUUACUCCAAACCCGUGAAUGGUUUCCACCAUCUCGAGCCCUAAUGGCACUUUCAGCUUUUCGCCAGACGCGUCUUGCAUUUUCCAAACAACCACAACAACCUACCGCUGAGUCAUAUCCUUCCGAUCCUACUAUGUCACUUGGUGAUGACCCACUUGCUGCUUCUUCGGGUCAAGUUAUUGUUGGGGUGGAAUCGAGGUAUCGGGUUGUGUAUCGUCUUGUGAACUCGAUUUAUGUGCUUGCUAUUACUACUGCUGAUGAUAAUGAUAAGGAUAUGGUUGUUAAUAAUGUGUUUGAGUGUAUUAGUAUUGUGAAUCAAGCUGUUUCUGUGGUGGUUACUGCGUGUCGUGGUGUAGAUGUGACACCGGAGAAGUUAGCUAAGAAAUACGCGGAGAUUUAUAUGGCGUUGGAUAUUGUGUUGAGAGGGGUGAGUAAUAUUAGGUUGGCGGCUAUGUUGGCGUCUAUGCACGGGGAGAGUAUAGCAAAGAUGGUGCAUUCGGCUGUUCAUACAGAGAAUAAGAUUAGGGGAGGUGAUAGUUGGGUGAAUGUGGAGGCACAUUCAUUGGAACAAGAAGGUGGAUUGGAGACAUUCUCGAAAGCGUUGUUUGAGUUGCCUCAGGAGACGUUGGAGGCGGGAGAUGAAGUGGCAGCCACAUUGGCGAUUACGGGUGGAGAAAAGGAGGAGGAGAAAAUUGAGGAGAUUGAGGUGGAGCAGGAUCCAUUUGCAGCAAGUGAUAAGAUUAAUCAGCCAGAGUCCUUGAUGGGUGGUUUUAAGAAGGACAAGGCUAAUGAGAGUUCAGAUGUCGCAAAGGCAUUGGCAGGGCUUGACGUGACUACCCUGCCACCUGCUGCAGCUAGCCAGUCAACUCACAUCGGUGUGGAAGGGUUUGAAGGAGAGUAUGGAGGGAUAGAAUUUAGUAAUGAAGGAUCAACACUGCGAGAAGAUUUUGAAGGCAUCAAUGAUGCCUGGGGUGGUGGUUUAGAUGCUUCUGAAUAUGUGGGUACGAAAAAGGUGAAGAAAGAUCAAGGACUUGGUGGGCUUGAAUUACUGGCGACCAGUGAACCACCAAAAGCUGCAGCUGGAGCCACUGCUGAGGGUGCUGGGAAGAAUCUUGAGGAUAUUUUGGUGAAGAAAAUGAAUGGUCCAGAAAUGUUUAUUACCGAGGAGAUCAGUGCCGAGUUCAGAGAAUCAUUGCUUGCUAGAGUUGGUUUGAUGGGCAUUGUUUACUUAAGAACCCUGCCGCCAAAGUCUUCCGAUGAUAAGGAAACUGAGUUUUCUUUCAAGGUUGAAGACACUGCUGCUGUUAAAAGGUUUGUCAUGCAAAAUUCUCGUGUGAGCAGCCUUGGGAAUGGUCUGUUUCAUGUAAAGACAGCACCAUCAAAUGAGCCUAUACCAAUUAUUAAGUACAGUUUGCUACCGCGUUUAACUCCGUUGCCUUUGAGGAUUCGACUUGUUAAGCGUCUUAGCGGGUCAUUACUUUCUGUAAUGCUGCAGUACGUUGCAAAUCCUGAUAUUCCAGUUCCAUUAACCGAUGUGACCUUUGUCCUGAAAUUGCCAGUGGACCCAACAUUAUUGAAAGUUUCACCUAAAGCUGUGUUGAACCGCUCUGAGAGAGAACUGAAAUGGCAUGUUGAUGAGAUUCCGCUCAAGGGUCAUCCUGGCAAAUUGAAGGCGAGGUUCCCCAUUGAUAUUAAUGAUGAUGAUGAUGUGGUAGAGCUAGAGCUUUUUGGUUAUGUAAAGUUUUCAUCCCAAGGAACUAGAUCUUUGUCUGGCAUUUCUCUGCAGCCGGCUUUAGAGGGCAAGACUGAUUUUUAUGAGGUUGAUCACAGGUAUUCAAGUGGAGUUUACACAUGCAACUAAGCAUCAAUGACUUCUUUUCUUGGUUUAAAAUUUGUGUGUCUUUGUGCUUUCUAUAUUUUAACAUCGUAUGAGUUAUCAAAGUAUUUGCAGCUUUCUUUGAAUGUACUAGCAUGUAAUUUAGAUGAUCUUGUUGUUGAGGAAUUUUGUUUAAAUCUUCCCAGUCUUUUUCUUUAUGUAAUGGAACAAAAGAUUUUUUUAUAUCUGAUAUAUCUUGUUUAAAUAAAGUCUUCUUAUUUUUGGA